ACUACGUAGGUGUUUGAUCAUAAACAUGCCUCUUUUUUCUUCUCCAAUAUCUAGAAUGCAGCUUUGCGGAGUUCUCAUGAAUUACCUUGAGCUAGAUUCAACCGGCAAUAUGACAGAACUUAAGAACAUGCAAAGCGAGAUUGGUCAGUCGGAUGAUCUCCGAAUAGUUUAUAAAGACGAUCCGACUUCACUCUGCCGGGCUUUGGUCGCGUUUUAGCCAACAAAGCUGGAAUGGGAUCUAGUCCAAGAUGGCAAAAAGAUUCGAAUGAACUUGCAUGGUAUUGCAGCCGCCAUCAUGUUCCUACGUCGCAUAUUUGCAUUCUCUGGGGUCCAUACCCUAUUUGGGGCGAAUGAAUCUCGGCUGAUGCAAUUUGCAUGGAAAGCCGAACCGCUCUCUGACCAGACCAAACCUGAAGAAGUUCAGGCACUACUUCAAGAACUUGAGGUCCCCAUCCAAAGGGGAGAAAGUCUUACACUCUUACAGGUCCUGGAUCACAUCACAAUGGCAGACUUUUGGGGAUCAGCAUCUCUGCGCCUCGACAGUCCCAAUAUACUGGUCCGCAAGGAAGGCAGACGUCAAAAACUCGUACUAGACAAGAGUGAUAUCAAGGAUAUUUACAAGAGAGAAGUAGUAACGCUCCAGAUGGGCGAUAGCAUCGAAGAAAAGCUUCGUAUACGCUACCAAGAUACUUUACCUCUUCGAGGCCGUUCCAAAGGAGUUGCGAAGCGGAAUUGUAAUUUCCCUCUAAUUAUCCGACUUCAUUGCCGGCCCUAUGAGCGCGAGGACUCGCAACCCGCCCUCACAAGCUUUUCUGAUUUUCGUUCAUUCACUGUUCGACAAGAAGCCAUAGAUGAGGCAGGCUUAGAGGAGAGAGAACACAUUUAUACUCUCAUCGCCUGUUACAAAUGUCCCUCUACUGGACAGAAGACCGACACACAUGGGGAACUUCAAUUGUGGACAAAGGGCGGGGUACCCAUUGGGCCGAUAAAUGAACCGCUAGAUCGGAGAGACACUUUGUUCAUCCAUGACCCCGGUUUUUGUAUCGGUUUAUCGGAUAAAGUUGAGUCGGUUCUUCUCUACGGUAGAGUAGACUUGACGAACUAUAAGGAAGACCACAGAGCUGCAGAAGUCGUCAAGAACACAUUUUGGCCUUCUCAAUAUCAAUGGGUUAAAUAUAACCAAAAGCAGAAACAGACACCGAAGACUGCUUCUCACGAUUUGUCUACUCUGUUCCGCGAUGGCAUCAGAGGUCCUACCCUGGACAGACCGACACUGUAGCCAAUAGACUCCACGAAAGGAGAUACUACAAUGACUGAUGGAAAAACUGGUCGUCACGGCUUGAAGAGAUAGCACCGUGAUGUAGAUGGCGAUAGGGAAGAGGCGAUAUACCAAGGCUCUAACCAGAGCGAGACGAACAGGUAGAAGAAGCCUACACAGAACUCUUAACCUCAAAACGGCACGGAUCAUCAUUCUGGCCGUGAGAGAGCACCGUGAGGCAAUUCAUAUGGACUCCAGGGACUAAAGUCCGGCUCUGGGUCUAAGGGGAAUCCACACCGGCCUCUAGAGUCCUAGGAGGCGCCUGUACAAUCAGAGCCAAGUCACACACUACCGGUAUAGGUAAAUAGGUGGUAAUAAUCACAAAUCUAGACCGAAGAGGCGAUGACGACCUCCAGGGCCGCCCAGGGCGUGGAGGAACUACUCCAACCGUAGAGGCCACGCAGGAGGACAAGACUACCGUCACAGCGGAAGUUAUACAGUCCAGAACUACAACGCCGGCAAGGGCUAUGGAAGUCGAGGCCGAAGGCAAGCCUCUCGAGGUCGGGGGCCGGCCCGGAGCAUAGAGGAUCUUCUUAUUUCAGGUAACCGAAAUAAUACUUGACGAAUGUCUGCUGUGAUCUUGUGAACUAGUCUUCUUCAUUUUGAUUUCUCAACAUAGCUCCCUUCAGUAAC